AUGGGUACAUCUUCCACCAUGGUCUUCUACGACAUCGCCAUGCGGCCCCCUACAGCAGAGACCUGCUGCUCACCGAACCCCUGGAAAGCGCGGUACGCGCUCAACUUCAAGGGCAUGCCGUACAGCACAACAUGGGUAGACCUGCCCGACAUUGCCAGCGUACGUCGCGGCCUCGGCGUCCCAGCCUCGCGCAAGUUCGCCGAUGGAAGCGACUACCACACGCUCCCGAUGCUCUCUGAUCCUUCAACAGGACAAAUCAUCGGAGACUCAUUCGACAUCGCCGUGUACCUGCAAAAGACAUACCCGAUGUCCGGGGCAGGCGACCUGUUCCCGCCGCAGAAGCUCGACUACGAGUUCUCGCACGACCUGGCGCUGUUUGCGCCGCUGUCGGAACGCGACGAGACCCACUUUUCCGAGUAUGCGCGCUUCAACACGAACGUCGACGCGGCGUUUUCCGCGCACGUCCUGCUGAUGGUGCACGGGCUGCCGUUUCCACCGGAGACGGCCGAGACGAGCCGGGCGGCGUUUGUGCAGCGGGCGGGGGCGGCGUCGUGGGAUGACUUCACUGUGCGCGGGGAGGAGCGCGAGAAGCUGAAGGCGUCGUUUUGCGAGACGCUGGGUGGGAUUGCGAGGAUGUUUGAGAGGGAUGCGAGCGGGCCGUUUUUGCUGGGGGCGCGGGCGAGCUAUGCGGAUUGUAUUGUUGGCGGGUGGCUGCGCAUGAUGCGGGUUACUUUGCCGGCGGAGGAGUGGGAGGAGGCGAGGGGGUGGCAUGGGGGUGCUUUUGCGCGGCUGCAUGAUGCGUUGCAGGUGUAUGCUGAGGUCAAGUAG